AUGCCAGCCUGCAAUGAAACCAAUAUUGGUCAUGCAACCUUCCUCCUGGAAGGCAUCCCUGGGCUGGAAGCUGUGGGCCCCUGGAUCUCCGUCCUGUUCUGCUUCACGUACCUCAUGGCAAUUUUAGGAAACGGUCUCAUUCUGUUUGUGAUAAAGACACGGAAGAGUCUCCAUCAGCCCAUGUACUUGUUUCUUUGUAUGUUGUGUGUCACCGACCUUGGCUUAUCUGCUUCCACCUUGCCCACAGUGCUCAGUGUCUUCCUGUUUAACACCAGGGAACUUGGCUUUGAUCUCUGUCUGGCCCAACUUUUCUUUAUUCACACUUUCUCCAACAUAGAAUCCGCUGUACUACUCGCCAUGGCCUUUGACCGCUUUGUUGCCAUCCGCCAUCCGCUGAGAUAUGCUUCAAUUUUAACCAGUGCCAGGAUAGGAAACAUUGGGCUGGCGACAAUAAUCAGGGCUAGCGGUCUGCACAUCCCACUCAUCCUUCUUCUCAAGAGGUUGCCGUACAACCAGAUUCAACCGCUCUCCUAUUCCUAUUGUUUGCAUCCAGAUGUGAUGAAGGUGGCCUGCGCAGACACUACGCCCAAUAGCUACUAUGGCUUGUUUCUUGUUCUUUCUACUCUGGGCCUGGAUUCCGUGCUUAUUGUAUUGUCUUACGUCAUGAUCCUUAACACAGUGCUGAGUCUCACAUCCUGGCGUGAGCGUCUCAAAGCCCUGAACACCUGCAUCUCCCACAUCUGUGUCACCCUGCUAUUCUACAUCCCACUGCUCAGUUUGACGAUGAUUCACAGGUUCAGGAAAAAUGCCUUUCCUCUGAGUCAAAUUCUUAGUACAUAUCUCCACCUCAUCUUCCCCCCUGUGCUCAAUCCCAUUGUGUACAGCAUAAAAACCAAAGAGAUUCGUAAACAGAUCAUGAAGGUCUUUCAGGAUUAUUCCACCAAGAGAUUUCAAUAG